AUGUUUUCCCUAUCCAAGUGGCUGUUGGCACCCGUCACGCGGCAGGCCAUCCGUCUCCAGAGCACGGCGGCACGCAGCAGCCAGCUCCAGGGCGGCAUGACGGAACUUGAAAAAAGAGAAGAAACCCACGCCAGACAGAAGGCCUUGAUGACGGCAGAAGUCAAGUUCAAAACGUUCGAGGCAGGCCCGGCCAGACCCGGUUCGGUGAAUUUCAGAAAACCGAUCCACGAGCAUUUGUGGCGGGGCAAGCCGGUGAAGGAGUUGACGGCGCCCAUGAAGAGAAGUGCUGGUAGAAACAGCUCAGGUCAUAUUACCGUGAGAGGCCGUGGAGGUGGUCACAAGAGACGUGCACGUCUUGUUGAUUUCAACAGAGUCGUUGCCGGUCGCCAGAAAGUCGUCAGAAUCGAGUACGACCCCAACAGAAGUGGACACAUUGCCCUUCUUCAACACGAAGAAACAGGCAACCUUUCAUACAUCUUGGCCCUCUGGGCGUCCUCGCUUCGCCUGGGCCUUCCUAGAGAUUUCGUCGAGGAGAUGCAGAGAACUAACGACGGCGAAAUCGACGAGGCCCUCUUGAACUCCAGAAUCAUGCAAAGAGGCAACUGCAUGCCCUUGAGCAUGAUGCCCGUGGGAGCCGUGAUGCACAACGUGGGCUUGCAUCCCAACAGAGGCGGCCAGUUGGUGCGUGCCGCUGGUACUUUUGCCCGUUUGCUCACGAAGGAAACCGACAAGAACAGAGCCAUCAUCAAGUUGAGCUCGGGCGAGCAGCGGUACGUCCGCUUGAACUGCUGUGCCACGUUGGGCACGGUGUCCAACAAAGCGCAUGCUUUGACCAACUGGGGUAAGGCCGGUAGAAACAGACACAGAGGCUUCCGUCCCAAGGUCAGAGGUGUGGCCAUGAACGCCAACGACCAUCCUCACGGUGGUGGUCGUGGUAAGUCCAAGUCCAACAAGCUCUCGCAGUCGCCAUGGGGCCUCAAGAAGUUUGUGCGGACCAGAAAGCACCAUGCCAACAAGUUUAAGGUGGCCGACAGACCCCGUCGUUCCGACCCAUAG